UGGGACUGCGCUGGUUAUUUCCACCUGUGAAAACAUCUGCAACUCCGUCGAGAUACCUAUUGCUGGAAUACGAGGGAAGACAUCUCUCAGGAAUCAAGGACGCGUUUAUUUAGCCCAUGCCCAGACGAAACGUAGCCAAGGCUCUUCAGAGAAAUCACAUGACACCGGGAUCACAUGACCAGGCAGUGGAUGACCGACACAGCUUUUCAGUAAGCCAAGAUGUCGUCAGCCACUGAAAAUGGAGUCGCAGGCUCCCGGAACACAAGCAGAGAGAAAACUUACAAGAAGACCACAUCGUCAGCUCUGAAAGGGGCGAUCCAGUUGGGGAUCGGGUACACGGUGGGGAACCUGUCCUCCAAACCGGACAGAGAUGUCCUCAUGCAGGACUUCUACGUGGUGGAAAGUGUGUUUUUACCCAGUGAGGGGAGUAACCUGACCCCGGCCCACCACUUCCCGGACUUCCGCUUCAAGACCUACGCCCCGCUGGCGUUCCGAUACUUCCGGGAACUUUUCGGGAUCAAGCCCGAUGACUACCUGUACUCUAUAUGCAAGGAGCCCCUGAUCGAGCUGUCGAACCCGGGGGCCAGUGGUUCCCUGUUCUACCUGACCAGCGAUGACGAGUUCAUCGUUAAGACCGUGCAGCACAAAGAGGCUGAGUUUCUGCAGAAGCUGCUUCCGGGUUAUUAUAUGAACCUGAACCAGAACCCCAGGACGCUCCUGCCCAAGUUCUACGGGCUGUACUGCGUGCAGUCGGGCGGGAUGAACAUCCGCCUGGUGGUGAUGAACAACGUGCUGCCGCGCCCGAUAAGGAUGCACUACAAGUACGACCUGAAGGGCUCCACCUACAAGCGCCGCGCCUCGCGGAAAGAGCGGGAAAAGAGCUGCCCCACCUACAAGGACCUGGACUUCCAGGACAUGCACGAGGAGGGCCUGCACUUCGACACCGAGACCUACAACGCCCUGAUGAAGACGCUGCAGCGGGACUGCCGGGUGCUGGAGAGCUUCAAGAUCAUGGACUACAGCCUGCUGCUGGGGGUGCACGUGCUGGACCAGAGCCACCGGGAGGAGGAGGCCUCUCAGGGGGGCGGAGACGGGCGUCGGCCGGUGGGCCAGAAGGUGCUCUACUCCACCGCCAUGGAGUCCAUUCAGGGGGACGGCCGGGCGGGCGAGGUCACCACCACCGACGACACAAUGGGAGGAAUUCCCGCUAGAACGCACAAGGACGAGAAGCUGCUCAUAUUUCUGGGGAUUAUCGAUAUCCUGCAGUCGUACAGGUUCAUGAAGAAGUUGGAACACUCCUGGAAAGCGCUCGUAUACGAUGGCGACUCCGUGUCCGUCCACCGGCCUGGUUUCUAUGCCAACAGAUUCCUGAAAUUCAUGAGCACAAGGGUGUUCCGGAAGAUUCAGACAAUCCGGUUCUCUCCGUCCCGGAGGACCCGGAACUCCAUCCCAGCGCUGAAGUUUUCCUCGCAGGAGAUCCUGUCUCAGACCGAGGACCGGAACGACGACAGGAAGGACCGCCUCGCGGGAGCCCGGAGCCUGGCCAGCCUGGAUGGACGAGCAUUCGGCUCACACCUGCGGCCAGACCUGGUCCUGCCCGCUUCACCCUUGCGCGAGGCCGCUUCCAUGGCAACCACAAUCUCCACUUCCUCCCUGUUUACCAAUGACCAGUACCUGGAGCCGUACUCUGACAGAGUUCAUUUAGGCUCCAGUUCCACUUUCACCCUGGAGGACAGCGCCAUCUGCCUGACGUCUGAGCAAAGCACGCUGGAUAUGGACAGAGACGACGACUCCGUGCUGGACGUCUACUUGUAAAAGGGGCGGGGCAAUACAUCAGCAUCUUCUCCACCAGCACUCUCCUGUCAAUCAUCCGACAAUCACCGCGCUACACCGGACGAGCGGAGGAUCGCUUUUACGCAGUCGCGGGUGCCAGCCUUCGACCUCGGACCUUCGACCUCUGACCUCCAAACUUGUCUGACUGUCAGGAGCGUUCCUCCCUCGCCGUCCUCCGCCCCCUGCUGCGAUCUUCUGUUGCCAAUUCGCUCAUGGUCGAGCUGAAUGCAAACCUCAGAUCUGAAUAAGAGCUCCAGUCUCUCCAAAGGAAAUCACAGCACAGCUACGUGCCAUUUCAUGGUGUCCCUACGCUUGCUGGUACAUAGUGCUGCUUCUCAAGAGCAUGGCAGCUGGAGGCUGUAGCUUUUUUUUGUUGAAUUUUACCUGUUAUUUACAUUUAAGAAGCAUAUAUAUAUAUAUAUAUAUAUAUAUAUAUAUACAUAUAUCAAUAGAUACAAAUAUAGAAUAUAUAUUUCUUUGACUGAAUGUUCUCUGUCCUUCCUGCUGACCAGAACAGAUUCCUGCAAUCCAAAGUUAUCGCACCUGGCUUUGUCAUGGCUUGCAUUUAAAAAGAAGAAUUACAAAUGUUUACAGCGAUCGCUUUUUUGUUUUUAGCUAUGCCGAAGUUAUGCGCCAUUCCGUUGGUCCAGAUCUGCUCUGAAUGAUGGUGCACACGGACGUCGAAAUUUCAGGUCACCCUAGUCACUCCUAAGCCACCUGGGACAGCAGCUAUGGCACAAUUAACAAAAUGGCAGAGUGGUGGCUUUUGGGAGCGAGGCUUGGACAGGCGUGUUUGUGCCCUGUAUGGACACCUUAAACACGCCGCCUCUUUUCCGUAGCAGCCAGAAAAGGCAAAGAAACUUCUUCAAAAAUCACGAUCAACCCUGCUUCGCCUGAUCCUCAUUGCCUUUGCAAUCAGAUGUGAACAUUAUACAUUAAACACUACCCUCUGGUGGCAGAUUUUGAGUACAGCAGGCAUGGGAAAGAGAAAGACUAUACUCGUGGUCCAAAAAUUGGCACUUCUUAUGAGCGUAUCAAAUAAUAAAUGUAUGUGAUAAAUAUGUACGGUCAUACUCUGACUCAGGUGAGUUUUCCAGACCUAAAUAUGUUUUGAUUGGUGAAUAUGCACAUUUUUUUACUUACACACAUAGCCUACUGUAUGUUAUGUGCUAUGUGUGUAGGUAUGUGGAUGGAAUCACAAAUAGAGAAAGUUGAACAGUGAUGUUCAGAUGCACAUAGGAAAUGUUUUUGAGGAUGAAUGAGUUGAUCUCAGGAUACCCUUCAUACACAAUAACGUGUAUUUCACAGUGGAAUGUUGCAAAGUGUUGGGCAGUCCAGUGUUUUUGGACACCACGCAGAAGCUAGCCAAUGAUUCCAUACAAUAUCGACAUAUCUUAACUUCAUGAUUGCACCUUUUGCUGGUUUUUGAGACCAUAAUUUAUUGAAUCAUUGAUAAACACACGGUUUGCUGAAGAAUAUUUUAAUCUCUGAAUGUAAAAAAAAGUUGUAUUUAUAGAAAAAAUGCUACUGUAUGUAAAAUAGUAAAAAAACACAUGCUGAA